CUCUAUGUAUUUAAGGCUGACUUUGCUACUGCAUGCUCAGGAGGAUUUUGAUGCCAUGUCUGUUCUCAGUUCUGUAAUGGAUUGGACAGAAGCAGAGAUUCUACCCAAUGUCAACUCAUCUGAUACAGAAAUAGAGAGUAGAAGUCACAGAAAACGCUCCGUCACGUCAACUCAGACCAAACAUACCCUCUGUACACAGAUUGUCAAGAAUCUGUUACAAGUAUGCUGUAAUAGCCUACUGAUAGGAAUAGGGACGGCAGACUUUGUGCUGAAAUUGUCCAACUUUUGUACUAAAUGUCUAUCUGCAGGUAAAGUGAUCUCAGCAUCCACUUUUUUUUCAUCAAUGCAAAAUUAAGCCAAGAAAUAUUCAGAGGAAAUA